UGAAGAACUUCCAAUACAUACAAACAAACUCACAAACAAAUGACAAAUGAAUACAAAAUGAAUCGUAUUGAAUAAGAGACAGAAGGCAUUACAGAAAUUAGAAAUCAUAUUUGAUUUAUGAAUUCUUUUAUCACUGUAAGGAUAAAAAAUUAAAACAUUGUGCAAGUAUUGAAGUAGUGCACCAAAUAAAAGGGUGCGACGUGUACAACAGAUUCAAGAACAAUGAGUAAUAGCGAACUAAGGCGAAGGAAAUUAAAAGAACCUAGUGAAAGAGGGAAUGCAAGAAAACGCAAAGUGAAAGGGGUUCGUUCAAGUUCAAUCCAGACUUCAUUACUAUGUUUAAUCGUAAGUGGAACAUUGUUAACCCUGUUUCUAGUUCUAUAUACAGACCAAAUUCCAUGGUAUGCUGGAAAUCGCAUAGUGGACCAAUUAGCAAAGCAAUUUUUAGGAUAUCAUAAGCCAGUAUAUGCAGUAGUUAUAGAUGCAGGAAGUACAGGCUCGAGGGUAUUAGCAUACACAUUCCAUGAAUCAUAUUUAGGUGGGUACUUGGUACUGGACAAAGAAUUGUUUGAAUAUAACAAGCCCGGACUUUCAUCUUUUGCCAAAGAGCCCCAAAAGGGUGUGGAAAAAAUUGCGGAUCUUUUAGAAAAGGCAAAAAAAGAAAUACCCAAAGAGUAUUGGAACCAAACUCCGCUGAUUCUAAAAGCCACGGCAGGUUUAAGACUGUUGCCUGCCGAACAAGCCGACAACUUGCUAGAUGCAGUAAGAAAUCUGUUUAAAAAAACACCGUUUUUAACCAACGACAAAUCCAUCGAAAUAAUGGAUGGAACAGACGAAGGAAUAUUUUCUUGGUUUACAGUAAACUUCCUUCUUAACAAAAUAAAUUUAAAUCCAGCCCAAACUGUGGCGGCCUUGGAUUUGGGAGGCGGGUCGACUCAGGUGACGUUUUCGGCUGUCACUCCGUCUAGCUUUAAAGAUAAAGAGAAUAUACACGAAGCGUUGGCCCCUAGCGGCCCUAUACCCGUAUUUACUCACAGUUAUCUAGGAUUGGGACUGAUGGCGGCUAGGAAAGCUGUGAUAUCCUAUCAAAAUGCCGAUACGUUUAAUGUAACCUGUGAAUGUGUGAAUCCCGUCGUUCGUAAUAAGAAGUUUCAUUAUCAUGGAAAUGACUACUAUGUAAGCGGCCUAGAAAAGAACUAUCCAACACUGAACGUGAAAAGCGAUGACUUAUACGUGGGCGAACAGAUACCAAUAGUGGAUUUUUCCAAGUGUUCCAACAUAAUAGCCAAUUACAUUCACGAUAUCUCAAGUACGCGGAAGCCACCCGAAGAACUGCCCUUAAAAACGAUAUUUGCCUUUAGUUACUACUAUGACAGGGCCAGUGAGGCCGGUUUAAUUGAUUUCGAUACGGGAGGACAAGUGAAGGUAGAAGAUUUUAAAAAGGCCGCCACUAAAAGUUGUCAUCGCGCCAACGUUGAUCAACCUUUUAUGUGUCUGGAUCUAACGUUUAUUUGGCUCUUAUUAGAACAAGGAUUUGGACUGGGAUUGGAUACAAAUAUAUACCUUUAUAAAAAAAUCAAGGGGCACGAAAUUAGUUGGGCCUUAGGAGCCGCUUACAAUGUAUUGCAGCAAUCGAAGACUACGUAAUGUGCCUUGUAACGACACCCACAAAAUUAGAUAUAAUUAUUAAUUUCCUUUCUUUUAUAGUUCAAUUUAUAAAAUAUCACAAACGUAAUAAUUAGAUGCAACAAACUGUUUGUUAUGGGCUGUGCAAAUAUUCCAUUUUUAAAAAAUAUGAAUGUGUGUUGUGUAAUUCUAUUGUUUUAAUAAAAGAUUUUCUCCAA